GUGGGACUCGGAGACUUCGGUUAAAUCCCGGGCGAAUAUAAAGGAUAUGAGGACAUUGGGAGAGCAUUGGGUUUUGAACCGGUUCGAAGCGCAUGUCCGCGUUCGACUAUUUGUGUCCAUCACUUCCCCGUCUGGCAUGCGCGGACACGACUGUUGAUAAACAAUCGCCAAGCGACACUAUUGAAUCCUUGAAUCGUCGAGAUCACUUUCACCCCUUCGAAAUAACUUCACAUUCUCAGCGUUGAGACGAGGUCAGUCAGAGAGCAUUCAGCCGGCUAUGACUCGUUCGUCGGCCCUUUUCCUCGCCUUGACGGUUGGUCUUCAAGUCAGCGACACCGCAGGGCUUCGAGACGAACCCGCGAUUCUGCGGCGAGCUUGUCCUGAUUAUGUCUCAUACUCGACUGUACCGCAUCCUCCGUACAGUGGUGGUCCAUUGAACCUACCCUUCCAACGGCCAGCGACGGAAUGUCGCACCUUUUCAUCUCCAGAGGUGGAGAAAGUGAUUGACGAUGUGACGUCUCGUAUGGUGGAUAAGGAUUUAGCUCAAUUGUUUCGAAAUGCGUUUCCCAACACUUUGGACACGACCAUCAGAUGGCACACCGAUGGCUCAACGACGCCCAAGAAGAUUAAGAAGGAUGGUGCUCAAUGGCAAGGACCACAGAGCUUCAUUGUGACCGGCGAUAUCAAUGCAGAAUGGCUUCGCGACUCCACCAACCAAUUGUCAGGUUACCAGGCUCUAGCCAAAAAGGACAAAGCCCUCCACAACCUCAUUUUGGGUGCCAUUAACACCCAGGCUGAGUUUGUCAUUCAGUCGCCAUACUGCAAUGCCUUUCAACCCCCUCCGCCCAGUGGCCUUAAGCCGACACCGAAUGGGCAGGACGACAAGGUCCAUCCGGCAUAUGAGCCUUCUGUUGUGUUCGAAUGCAAGUACGAGCUCGAUUCAUUGGCACAUUUCCUGGCGCUGGGCACCCAGUUCUUCGAAAACACGGGAUCAACGGAAUUCCUCACGGACCGUUGGUACAUGGCUCUGAACACCCUUCUCAGCGUUUUGGAUGCGCAGUCACAGCCGACGUUCAACGAACAGGGCCAAUUCGUCACCAACCAGUACACGUUCCAGCGCACAACCACCGCGGGUACUGAAACUUUGAGCCUGGCGGGCGUUGGCAAUCCAUUGAAUAAUGGCACGGGUCUCAUUCGCAGCGCAUUUCGCCCCAGUGACGACGCUACUAUUCUCGGGUACUUCAUCCCGCCUAAUGCGAUGAUGUCUGUCCAGCUGAAGAGAACCGCGGAUGUGAUCAAAGCGGCAGGAGGGAGUGCGGACCUGGUCAGGAAACUUCGGCAGCGAGGUGAGGAGCUUGAUCACGCUGUCAAAGAGCAUGGGGUCGUCCACCACUCAAAGUACGGCGAUGUCUUUGCUUUCGAAGUGGACGGCUAUGGCUCACGGAUCCUCAUGGACGAUGCCAACAUCCCGUCCCUGCUUUCGCUGCCUCUGCUCGGCUACGUUGAUGAGAAAGAUCACAUCUAUCGCAACACCCGCAAGAUGAUUCUUGACAAGACCGGCAACCCGUAUUAUCUAACAGGCUCCGGGUUCCAUGGCAUCGGUGGACCUCACAUCGGUUUGCAGAACGCUUGGCCAAUGUCACUCCUUGUCCAAGCGAUGACAAGCGACUCUGAAGCCGAGAUCACCGAAUGCAUCAACCUUGUCCGUAAUUCGAGUCUGUUGGGUCUCGUGCACGAAUCUAUCAACGUCAACAAUAUCAAAGAAUAUACCCGUCCCUGGUUUGCUUGGGCCAACUCGGUCUUUGCGCAGACUAUUUUGAAGAUCGCAGCGGAGAGACCGCAUCUGAUCUUUGGGGAGGGCGCGAAGCCGUACAUCGUCCAGUAAUCAUAUAUACCCCUGUCGCAAGUAUUAUUAGGGCUGUCUACAGAAUGACAGCAAUUAGUCUAGCGGGCUUCUCCCAGUUUUAGGUUCCUGACACAUCCUUCCGCGGAUAUAAUCGUCGGUUGGAUUACUUGGUAUAUAAUGUGAUAUAUAUAAUGAC